AUGAUCCAAAAAAUCUACAACCUUCUCUUGGAAGAUUUUCAACACGACGAAAAUAUAAAAGAUUCCAUGAUCCUCUGGAUGAAAGACCUGGGAAAGACUAUUCAAAUCGAAGAAUGGAAAAAAGUCUGGAAGUCUAUGAAAUUAAUGAGGGCAGUAGCAUUUAAGGAAAAUAUAUUCAAGAUAUUCCAUAGAUGGAAAAUCCAGGAUGAAGAACUGAAAAAAUUCGCUUCCCGAAUCACAGGCCUCUUCCAAAAUCAGGAUUUUGGGAAUGAAACCAUUGAUUGCUUGCAAAGAUUAUUCCUUAUUGUCUCAGCUACCAAAUAUGGACGGAGAUUGGAUGGCAGAUUCGUGGAGCUCCUGCAGACGGCGUUGCAGCCACCCAAGUCCCCCAAGCAAGUCCAGGUUUUGUGUGCUGCUAUCAUGCGAGAAAUGCUGCCGUGCAACGACCUGUCUGUGUCAUGGGAUAAGAUCCAGGACACCGAGCUCUUGAGUCUAACGUUCCCCAUCUUACUGGCCCAGGGCAACGCAAAGGCAGAGGUAGAAGCCGUGGGGCAGCGGCUGGUCAGAGCCCUGGAAGGCAGACUUCCCGAAGGUCAGAGCGCGCGGCACCUCCUGCCCCUCCUGUCAAAGGUCAUCAGCCUGGCGCCGGCGAGCCUCAGCGAAGACCAGAUCAACCUUCUUAGCAAGCGGAUGGUGGACUGGCUGAGGUACGCCAGCGUUCAGCAAGGAACGCCCCAGUCCUCGGGAGGCUUCUUCAACCCCCGCGCACGGCAGCCUGGCCCCGUCACGGAAGUGGACGGGACGGUCGCCACGGACUUCUUCACCGUGCUGUCGGUCGGCCAGCAUUACACGGAGGACCAGUGGCUUAACAUGCAGGCAUUCUCCAUGCUCCGGAAGUGGCUCUUGUGCUACGGGAGCGGCGGGGCGAGUGGUCCGAACUCGGAUGACAAAUCGGAGGUGGACGGCUCCAUCAUGUCGAUGGUCUCCGUCACCUCCAGUUCCAGCCGCUUGCUCCCCCCGAAGGAACGCCUGAGGGAGAAGGCCUUCGAGUACUGCCAGCGGCUUCUGGAGCAGAGCAACCGCCGGGCCCUGAAGAAAGCAGAUGGGGAGCUGCAGAAAGCUUGUCUCAUCGAAGCGGUCACCAUCAUGGACAUCAUUUGCAAGCAGGACUCCUCCUACGUCUACCGCUCCCUCUCCUGCCUGAAGAUCUUGCACGGCCGGGUCAGCGGGGAUCUCUCCUACGCACGGGUGCUGCUGCCCAUUGCCCAGUUCUUCCUGAACCACAGUGAGACGGCCGCCGUCGACUCGGAAGCGGUCUACAAGCACCUCUUCACCAAAGUGCCGGCCCAGCUCUUCCACAGCCCGAUGCUGGCGUACGAGUUCGUCCAGUUCUGCCGACACAACGUCUCUUUCUUCGCGGAGCACUGCUGUGUCUUCCGCCAGAGCACCCCGAAUCUGUUCAAGUUCCUUGCAUGGAAUAGCCCAGCCCUGAUUGCUGAGUUCAUGGACCUUUUACCAGCCCUGCUCGGGGCAGAUAACGCUGUGGAGAUCUUUCACCUGUUGCUGGACCUGCCGUGUUUAACGGCUGCCUUGGACAUCCAGUUGAGAUGUGCCCAGAUGCCGAUGUCCGAGCGGACUGCUUUGGACCCAGGGCUGAAGCCGUCCACCUGCCUGGAAGCCUUCCGUCACCCACAGUACCGGGGCCUCUUCCAGUACCUCCUCCGGGUCGAGUCUGCUCCGGGAGAUGCUGGCAGGUUGACUCCCCUCCGCCAGCUCCUGGGCCCCAUGGCCAGUUCCCCCCGCGUGGUCCUGUGUGCCGAGAGCGUCCCCGUCUUACUGCGGCUCUUCUUUGGAGUGGUGGCUGAGUUUGCGGACGGGGCCCUCGCCAACAAGCUGGUCUUGGCGUUGCUGGAGCGGAGCAGCCAGCUCUACGAGAUCCCAGCGUUCCAAGCCGAGAUGCACCAAGUGAUGGGCGCGCAGCUGCCGAUUCUGUGCAAACAGCACCCGUCGCUGGUAGUGGAACUGGCCAAGCCGCUCCUGGAGUUUUCGGGAACGGUCACCAACCUUCAGAGUAAGGAGGGGAUCUUCACCCACGUGGUCUGGGCCAUUGGGGAGUACGCCUCGGUCCAGCAUGACCGGCGGUGCACGGCGGAGCAGAUCAACAAGUUCUUUGAGGCCCUGGAGGCCAUGCUCUUCGAGAUCACACAGCUGCGGCCCUCCGCCAGCCUCCCCCGGCACGCCCCCCGCGUCAUCACCGUCCUCAUGACCGCCCUGACCAAGCUGGCGUCGCGCAGCCAGGACCUGAUCCCAAG